AUGUUUCUCACAGUGUACCUCAGCAACAAUGAGCAGCACUUCACAGAAGUUCCAGUGACUCCAGAAACAACCUGCAGAGAUGUGGUGGAUCUGUGCAAAGAGCCUGGCGAGAAUGACUGCCACUUGGCUGAAGUGUGGUGUGGCGCUGAACGUCCAGUUGCUGAUAAUGAGCGGAUGUUUGAUGCUCUGCAAAGAUUUGGAAGUCAGAGGAAUGAAGUUCGCUUCUUCCUUCGUCAUGAACGUCCACCUGGCAGGGACAUGGUGAGUGGACCAAGGCCUCAGGAUCCAAGUUUAAAAAGAAAUGGUGUAAAAGUUCCUGGUGAACAUCGGAGAAAGGAGAAUGGAGUUAGUAGUCCUAGGAUGGAUCUUACUCUUGCUGAACUUCAGGAAAUGGCAUCUCGCCAACAGCAACAGAUUGAGACCCAGCAACAAAUGUUGGCUACUAAGGAACAGCGCUUAAAGUUUUUGAAACAGCAAGACCAGCGUCAACAGCAACAAGCUGCUGAACAGGAGAAGCUGAAGAGGCUAAAAGAAAUAGCUGAGAACCAGGAAGCUAAGCUUAAAAAAGUGAGAGCGCUGAAAGGCCACGUGGAACAGAAGCGGCUGAGCAACGGGAAGCUGGUGGAGGAAAUCGAACAGAUGAAUAGUUUGUUCCAGCAAAAACAGAGGGAGCUCGUUCUGGCUGUGUCAAAAGUGGAGGAACUUACGAGACAGCUGGAGAUGCUCAAGAAUGGCAGGAUCGACGGCCAUCACGACAGCCAGUCUGCCGUUGCUGAGCUGGAUCGCCUCUACAAGGAGCUGCAGUUAAGAAACAAAUUGAAUCAAGAGCAGAAUGCCAAGCUACAACAACAGAGGGAGUGUUUGAACAAGCGCAAUUCAGAAGUGGCGGUCAUGGACAAGCGUGUUAAUGAGCUGAGGGACCGGCUGUGGAAGAAGAAGGCAGCACUACAGCAGAAAGAAAAUCUUCCAGUCUCAUCUGAUGGAAAUCUCCCCCAGCAGGGGCUGUCAGCACCGAGCCGUGUGGCUGCGGUGGGUCCUUAUAUCCAGUCGUCUACUAUGCCCCGGAUUCCCUCCAGGCCUGAACUUGUGGUGAAGCCAGCACUGCCAGACGGUUCCUUAGCUCUGCAGACUUCAGAGGUGCCAAUGAAAGUACAGACACUGCCGAACAUGAGGUCCUCUGCUGCUGCCCAAGCUAAAGGCUCUAAGCUCCUUCCACUUGGUCCUGAUUGGAGUUCAGCCAAUGCAGAUCUUUUCCCGAGCCAAGCCCCUGCGUCGGUUCCUAAGAGCUCUGGGACUGCUCCAGAUCAAGCUCAUGAUGGGGAUAUUCCACUGAGAGAGAAGGAGAAGAAAGUGCGCCCUUUUUCCAUGUUUGACACAGUGGACCAGUCUGCUGCCCCACCCUCCUUUGGUACCCUGAGGAAAAACCAGAGCAGCGAAGAUAUCUUGCGGGAUGCUCAGGCUGCAAAUAAAAAUGUGGCUAAAGUACCACCUCCUGUUCCAUCAAAACCAAAACAGAUUAAUUUGCCUUAUUUCGGACAAACUAACCAGUCACCAUCAGAUAUUAAACCAGAUGGAAAUCUUCAGCAGUUGUCGGCAGUGGUGGCGUCCCUGGGAAAUAAGCCAAAACCCACCGGGCAGCAGCAGAGGGUCUUGCUGUCCCCCGGCGUGCCUUCAGCUGGCCAAGACCAAACCCUUUCUCCAGGUUCUAAGCAAGAAAGUCCACCCGCUGCUGCUGUCCGGCCCUUCACUCCUCAGCCUUCCAAAGACACCCUACUUCCCCCCUUCAAAAAGCCCCAGACUGUGGCAGCAAGCUCAAUCUAUUCCAUGUAUACACAGCAUCAGGCUCCCGGAAAAAACUUCCAGCAGGCGGUGCAGAGUGCCUUGACCAAGACGCACCCCAGAGGCCCGCACUUCCCAAGUGUAUAUGGCAAGCCUGUGAUUGCUGCUGUCCAGAAUCAACAGCAGCACCCAGACAAUGUUUAUUCCAAUAACCAGAGCAAGCCUGGCAGCCCAGAACCUGAAACAGAGGCUGUAUCUUCCCUUCAGGAGAGCCAUGAAAAUGAAAGAAUUCCUCGACCCCUCAGCCCCACCAAAUUGCUGCCUUUCUUAUCCAACCCCUACCGAAACCAGAGCGAUGCUGACUUAGAAGCCCUCCGAAAGAAGCUGUCUAAUGCGCCAAGGCCACUGAAAAAGCGGAGCUCUAUCACAGAGCCCGAGGGUCCUAAUGGUCCAAAUAUUCAGAAACUUCUGUAUCAGAGAACCACCAUAGCUGCUAUGGAGACCAUCUCUGUCCCAUCGUACCCAUCCAAGUCAGCUUCAGUGACUACUGGCUCAGAAAGCCCCACAGAAAUCCAGAAUCCAUAUUUAUAUGUGGAGCCAGAAAAGGAGGUCAUCUCUCUGGCUCCUGAAUCCAAGUCUAUGGAGGAAGCUGCGAGUGCCAGUGUGGAGAACAGUGACCUGCCAGCUCCUUCUCCAGGCCUGGAUUAUGUGCCUGAAGGUGUCCCAGACAGCAACCCGAGUUUCCAGAGCAAUGUGGAAGAACCAACCCCAGAGCCUCCCCAUCUGCUGGAAGUAUACCUGGAGGAGUAUCCCCCAUACCCACCCCCGCCAUACCCGUCUGGGGAGCCAGAGGGGCCUGGAGAAGACACAGUGAGCAUGUGUCCACCUGAGGUCACCGGGCAGGCCACUCUGCCUCCUGGCAAAAGGACAAACUUGCGUAAAACUGGUUCAGAGAGGAUUGGGCAUAAAAUGAGGGUGAAAUUCAACCCCCUUGCUUUACUUCUAGACUCAUCUUUGGAGGGAGAAUUUGACCUUGUACAGAGAAUUAUUUAUGAGGUUAAUGACCCAAGCCUGCCCAAUGAUGAAGGCAUCACCGCCCUGCACAAUGCUGUGUGUGCAGGCCACACAGAAAUUGUCAAGUUCCUGGUACAGUUCGGUGUGAAUGUCAAUGCUGCUGAUAGUGACGGAUGGACCCCGUUGCAUUGUGCUGCCUCGUGCAACAACGUCCAGGUGUGUAAGUUUUUGGUGGAAUCGGGAGCCGCGGUGUUUGCCAUGACUUACAGUGACAUGCAGACUGCUGCAGAUAAGUGCGAGGAAAUGGAGGAGGGCUACACCCAGUGCUCGCAGUUUCUUUAUGGCGUGCAGGAGAAAAUGGGCAUAAUGAAUAAAGGCGUCAUCUAUGCACUUUGGGACUACGAGCCUCAGAACGAUGAUGAGCUGCCCAUGAAGGAAGGAGACUGCAUGACCAUCGUGCGCAGGGAGGACGAGGAUGAGCUUGAGUGGUGGUGGGCGCGCCUCAGUGACCGGGAAGGCUACGUGCCUCGGAACCUGCUCGGGCUGUAUCCAAGAAUUAAACCAAGACAGAGGACCUUGGCCUGAAACUUUACAGAAUUUUAGUUAAUGAAGAAUUAAAUCUCUAUUAUCACUAAGAAAGUGAUUAUUUUUGGCAAAAAAUUCCUGAGACUAUUUUAAUGACAAUGUAACUUGAAAGCAAUGAAGAAUGUGCUCUGGAAGAAGAUGAAGGGUUGAAGAAUCCACUGCUCCUGGGUGAAUGGAGCAUGGAAGUUCGCUGAUCGCACUGCGGAGCACAGGCCUUCUGCGUGGUGUGCAGAGAGCCACCGACAGGCCUGUUUCCCCACAACACAGGACUGUGUUCCCUGGGGCUGCUGGCAAUUUUCUGUCCUGCCCUUUUCCAGCCCAUGCCUGCCCUCCACUCGAAAGGACCAGUGUGCCCUGGUGGCGUCUGCUCGAGCACUCCAACACUGGGCACUGGAAUGAAGACUCAGUGGUGCAGACACUGUGUUGUCAGUGAGGAGCUGUUCGUUGCUUGUCAGUGAGCAAUAAUUUUCUUACACAACUUCUUGUAGCAUCUUAAGAGUUACACAUAUAUUUGAAAUACUGACACUAAGCUACACUACAGGUAAUUAGACUUAGCAUCUUAAUUUUUAGGCUAAUUUGAGUCUGUAUUUAUUGUCUUUUAUAUCUCGGAAAUCAGAGACAUGCUGUAGUUACCUAUGAUAUUUGUCAAGAUAACUGACUUUAAGAACAAUU